GGUAGAGCAAAGCAAAAGAAAAUAUUUCGUCAGUAUUUAGCUAAAGUCUAUAUCUCAAUCUCAUCAUGUCAGGAGGUGGCAGAACCAAGCCCGUGAAGGUGGUGAUCAUUAAUACCAAGUAUGUGGAGACGGAUGCCACAAGCUUCAAAUCAGUGGUGCAGAGUUUGACCGGAAAAGAUUCCAAGGUAGAGGCUGACUGUGAUUCUUCACCAGGUUAUGGAGAUCGUCGACAAUUGAAAAGUCGGUCUGCGGAGAUGAUUGAAAAGUCGGGAAAGGAUUGGCUUUUGAUGAGGGAUUUAUCGUUCAAGGAGUUCGACAGAUUGCUCAAGGAAAUGCCGACGGUGGAUGAAUUGUGUGGGUUUUUGGAUUGAUGUUUCUUCCAAAUUAUAUAGAUACAAGCUUUUUAUUUUAUUUUAAUUUUUUUGAUGGGCACGCUUUUAUUUAAUAAAUUGUUUUAUUCUUUAAUUCAUAUUGCUUCCCAUACAUAUAUAUUUCAUGCACGAAUAAUGUAAUAUCUGAUUCAGAGUCUAUAUAUACUGGAAUAAUUUGGAUCCGUCUCAAAUUUUCUUGCUCAGCAUCACCCCUUUUUUUUUUUUUUUUUUGCAAUUAUCUCGACCACUCCUAGCUAGAGCACAGGUGCCAGUACCGCUACGUCCGCAAAAUACAUAUGCGAUAAAAUGGAGUGUUGGGGUCGUGGGCGGCAGACUACGGUGGCUAGUGUGGGAGAGGCAACUGGAAGAUUUUCAUCAGCCAUGCCUGGAUCGCAACUCUUUUGAGUAAUCACAUCAACAUGGCUAGAUCUAAGGGAGAGCAGAAAUAUUGACUUGUAACAGUCCCCACCCACUACGAGCCAAUGUCGACAACAAUUGAGGGAGGCGCUGCAACCUAUCUGAGCUCAACCACUGCGUCUGUGCUGUCUUCCUUCUCCACCGGGGCACAACAUGGUGAAACAUCAAGACAAAAGUGAAGGCUCCCAAAAAGAGGAAGAAACUCUUACAAGGGAGAGGAAGUCCGUGGAAGAAUCCCAACUUGUUAUUCGUUCUCCUUAACCCCUGACAAGGGGAUGGAAGAGGUAGAACCGUAGAAGUCAGGGGAACGUGAUAGGGACGGAGUCAGAAUUUUAAGUUAGGGGAAUAGAAUUUUAAAAUCUUU